AAAUCAAAUCCAAUCAAAGACCUCUCUGAGUCUGAGUUUCCCCCCUUUGAAUUCCAACCCAAGACCGAAAGGAUAUAUAUAUAAUACUCCCUUCUUCUCCUCGUCUUCUUCUUGUUCUUCUUCUUCUGCCAAUUCAAGAGACCUGCAGUUUGGAUAAAUAUAGAAGACUCUCUGGUUUCUAUCAAUUCUUUUUUGCUGUCGAGAAGCUUCUGCCGCUUAAUUAGGAAUUUUUCCUGCUAAUUUUAGCGUGUACUGUACAUUUUUUUCCCUUUUAUGAUUUGCUUGUCGACCAUCCAAACGUUGCCAGUUCCUCCGACGCGAUCCCCUAAUCCAAGUAUUGAUCGAUUUCGAUCUCAGUUUCGUUUCGAGAUCAGGAAACUGAAGUCGAAAUCAGACGGCGUUCCGGCGCUUGCAGUUUCCAAAUUCGAUCAUUUUCUGUCGGUUUCAAUGGCGGCCAAAGACGCUUCUUCUUCUUCUUCUUCGGUGAUGCUAACGUCGGGGGCGAGCGGCCGCGUCACCGCUCUCUUCUCUCCGAGAGUGCUCAGGAGUUUCUUGCUGCUCGUCAAUGCGUUCCUCCUGCUCUUGCUUAUGCCCUUCCGUGGCCGGAAGGACACGUCGUCCUCCUCCUCCUCCUCGUCCUCGUCCUCGUCCUCGUCCGACAAAUUGAAGGAUGAGAAGAAACAAAAGAAACAGGAUGGUGCUGGGAGCAGUAGUAUUAGUCAGAGCCAGAGGAAGGGAGCGGUGGUGAGGGUUCCGGCCAGUGUGCCAUGGAAGAGCAGCGCCGCGGCGGCGGCGGCUGUUGAUCAGGAGGUGGCGUCCAGGAGAGCGCUUGCCAUUCAGAGGGUGAUGGAGGACGGUGUUCAGGGUAAGGGCGAUGUGUUCUUCAGGGACUUUUCUCUUUUCGCUACUCCCGGAGGGAAAACAAUGUUCACUCAAUCAUGGACCCCCGUUUCGGCAGAAGUCAGGGGUGUUGUGGUUGUUUUGCAUGGCCUGAAUGAGCACGGUGAUAGAUACAGUGCUUUUGCAAAGGAGCUGAAUGUAAAUGGAUACAAGGUUUAUGCAAUGGAUUGGAUUGGACAUGGUGGAAGUGAUGGGCUGCAUGCAUAUGUUCACUCCCUUGAUGAGGCUGUUACAGACACGAAAUCAUUUAUUGCGAAGGUUUUGGCUGAAAAUCCAGGGCUUCCAUGUUUUUGCUUUGGCCAUUCAACUGGUGCAGCCAUAAUCCUUAAGUCAGUACUUGACCCAAAGAUUGAAGCCUGUGUAGCUGGUAUCAUACUAACUUCACCUGCGGUUGGAGUUCAGCCCUCUCAUCCAAUUUUUGCGGUACUUGCCCCAGUUUUCUCCUUCUUGUUCCCAAGAUACCAAUUCAGUGCUGCAAACAAGCAGGGUAUGCCAGUUUGCCGGGACCCUGACGCACUAAUGGCCAAGUAUUCAGAUCCACUGGUGUAUACUGGAUCCAUCAGGGUAAGGACUGGCAACGAGAUACUUCGAAUCACAUCAUACUUGCAGCAGAAUUUGACAAGAGUGAGAGUACCCUUCCUAGUUCUCCACGGUGCAGCUGACAUGAUUACUGACCCUGAGGCUUCUAAGAAACUGUACGAAGAGGCCUCCUCAACUGACAAAACCAUCAAGCUGUUUGAUGAAUUGUUGCACGAUCUGCUCUUCGAACCGGAGCGGGAAGCGAUUGUGAAGGGCAUUAUUGAUUGGUUGAAUAGGAGAAUCUAAGGUUAAGUUGCACUUUGCAUGAGAGUGCCUGGUCGCCUAGCCGGACAUGUGGAUGAACUAGUUGUGGAGCUCUUUGAUAUUUUAUUCAACUUAUUCAACAAGAAGUUGUGGAUGAACAGGACUCUUGUUUUAUUUCGGGCAAUGCAUGCAUUGUUAGCUAUGAUUAA